ACUUCUUUCCUCAUUAACUCAUUGCCACAUAAGCAAAUUUGCUGAGUUGGACUCAAUGUUAACCGCAUGCAAAUAGGCCACGUAGAGCAGCCCAGCCAAGACCAGCCUGGUCUAACUAAACGGAUAAGGAAGAGUAGCCAGGAAGCGAUGCCCCAGCCGCAUGGAUCCCCAAUUCACACGACCAGCACAGGCGGAGCCCCCACGGCCGGUGGGCGAGGAGCUUCCGCUGCGCUCUUCCUCGUCGGAGGAGCCGCCGGGGAGGCUGGUGCCAGGCGUGACGCCAUUGGAGAGGCUGCUCGCGAAACCGAGCACGGUCGGGCUCCAUGUGCCAGCGCGAGCGGAGUGCGUGCUUGAAGACGCGGGCACCGCGCGCCAGCAGUAUCUCGCUGGCGCCUGAGGGUGUCGGUGCCGACCGCCGCAGGCGCGCGUGGAGACGGGCUGGGCGCCGCCGAGACGUGAGCGUUCGUGGCCAUUGGUCGCCGCUUCAGUCGGCCGCCGGAAGUUCAGUCGCGCAGGGGCCGAGCCGCGCGGAUGCCUUAGGCGGUCGUGCCACAGGGCCGCGGGAAGCCGCGCUAGUGGAGCCGCUGCGUCGCGGCCGGCCCGCUGAUGCGUCGAGUGAUCGAGGCCUCCUUGCUGGUGCAUGGCUGAGGGCAGCCGAUGCGUGCGCUCCAGUGGCGACUGGCGAGAGCCCAAGGGAUGUAUCCAUGCCGAUGCCGAGCGGCGCGCUGUGCCGUGAGCGGCCAUUGCCGUGCCCGGCCGCAUCUCGGGUAGAGCGGACGCGAGAGCCGCUCGUGGGGAUAACGACAGGCCCGAUGUCAUCGCUCCGGAGGGCCGGCCAGGGGCAUGGCCUCGAGCGCCGCCGAUCUGCAUGGAUGCAAGACGAGGGCCGCCUCGACCACCAGGGAGCAGCGCUGAAGGAGUGGUCGUCGCCUCGCUACUCUUUGCGUCGUCUCCGACCUUGGUUCUCCGGGUCGCGCCGUGAGGCCGAUAGGAUCGCUCCGCCGGGAGCGUGUUGAUAACGUGUUAAAUGAAAACAAGAUGUAACUCAGUGAAUGAAUCAAGUGUACGACGCGUUUGGUUCGCGCCA